GUUGAUGAAUUAGUAGCACUGGCUGAAAUUUUUGCUUUGUUGCAUAUCCUGAGUCAUUAUUUUUAAAUAAUUUCUUAAUUUAUCAUUUGAACUGAUCCUCAGGUGACUGAGUCAAACUGUCCGAUUAGGACACCUCGAUUUCAUGGACUUCAGUAAACCUAACCUCGUGUGUCUGUGUGUUGAGCAGGUGAUAUGAAAACUGUGAUAUUUUCAAACCUCUAUAAUGUGAUUUAGACGAAUAUGGGGGGAGUUGAAUUCCAGCAGCACCGCGCGCCCCUGUAACAGCCCGGGUCUGCAGGCGUGCGGUUCCCUCGACGUUCUCCACCACCAGCGCUACUGCGGGGAGUUUGUCCAGAAGUGGAGCAGCCCAGUGCCAAAGUCCACGGGGACGAUUUGAGAGGCUCGCGAGCGCUAUGAAAAAUGCACGAGAGCUCCGUGGGCUUGAAGAACACUGAAAGCAGGACCAUCCUGUGGCUCGUGCCUCAGCCAAGUGUAAAACGUGAUCCAGCGAUGCCAGACGAGCCACUUAAGGAUGCCAUGACAGCCCCCGAGAGAUCACUCACAGACAAGACCAACAACAACGAGCCAGCCCCCUCUCCUUUGGUCACGGUGGUGAACAUCCCCCUGCUGACCGAGGGCCAGCUGACGGCCGCCACGGGCGGGACGGAGCUGUCCUGCUACCGGUGCACGGUGCCGUUCGGCGUGGUGGUGCUGAUCGCGGGCGUGGUGGUCACAGCUGUGGCAUACACCUUCAACUCCCACGGCUCCACCAUCUCCUACUUCGGCCUGGUGCUGCUGUCGGCCGGCCUGGGCCUCCUUGCGCUCAGCGCGGUCUGCUGGAAGGUGCGGCUGGAGAAGAAGAAGGAGAGGCGGAGGGAGAGCCAGACGGCCCUCGUCACCAGCCGCAGGGCCGUCGUCGGCUGACCGCCCGCCCCGCCCACGGGCCCCGGACGGCCUGCCGGGUCCUCGUUGUCCCGUCAUCACCGUCCUGUUUAUGCCUGCUUUGAGGAUGUGCCCUACUCAACCGCUGAUCACGUCAGUUGUCACCUCCGAUUCCCUGUUGCCCAGGAGACCGUCUGGCCCUACCCCACACGUGCAGCUGCUUUACAGUGAGAAAAUGCCCCAGAUCGAGCUGCCGGCUGCAGACAGAGGGGACAGAGGGUGGAUCCUGCAGAGUGCGCAAGAGACACAUGCAGCUGUUUCCAGACGUUCUGGAGAAACUGGGCGGAGGGGUGUUGGCGAUGCAGGACGCAGGACGCUGACCUCAGCGCUCUCCUCCACCAGACUCUCUUAAAGUCCAGCACAGGCACGGCUUUGAGGAGGAACGAGGGACUCUUCAUUCCUUCUCUCUCUCCCUCUCUCUCUCUUUCCCGUUUAUCUCUGUCUCUCUUGUGAGGCACAUUGCUUGCAUCUGGGCAGCUGGGAGAUGAGCCAGAGAGAGACGGGGGAGAGAGAGAGAGAGAGAGAGAGAGAGAGAGAGAGAGAGCGCUGAAUGAAGACGAAUGACUGCUGUACAAACCAAGAGAGGAAGAACCCCAUUAAUCCACCACUACUCCCCAUGUUCUCACACACACACACACACACACACACACACACACACACACACACACACACACACACACACACACACACACACAAUCUCUCUCUCUCUCUCUCUCUCUCUCUCUCUCUGUCUGUCUCUCAAAUUAAUGGUAAACGAUCUGGGCUGAAACCAGAGGAAACGGAAAGUGGGAGGAAAACAGGCCAAAGACUGAAGAGUGAUUUAUUCCUCAUCAUCGGCGUCGUUGGCAGGAGCCCCUUUGAAGCAGAAGUCUACUUCAGCGGUACGGGGUGAUGUGAGGUUGUGAGAUUGACACUCGAGACACUUGCUUUUGAUUUCUCUUGGUUUGUCCCCUCUUUAUUGUUUUGUACCAUUUAUUACACAGACCUCCUGUGCUUUAGUAGGGUGAUCAUGUGACGCACGGCACAAAGUUAGUGCCUUCUAGGACUGUAACCUUUUGACGGACGUGGAAACGUAGUACCUUUUACAGACUGACCCUGAACCCAGUAUAAUGAUGUGAUAGCGGAGUUGUCCCUUUGUUGUAUAUCAAAACACAUAUGACUUUGAUUGUGUCAAAUCUUACAGUGUUUCAGGAUUAAACGCCUGGUGUCCUUAUUCCAUCCUAAACAUUAUUUCGUAUUUAUAUUAGUUAUUUCCAAAUAAAAUGUUUGUGUGUACUGAUAAAAAUGUGACAAGUUGUUGACAGAAUCUAGUUUAAUAAAGUUUUAUAAAAAUGAUUGUUAAA